CCACCCAAGAGAUAAGGUCUGUUAAGUUACAGGAGCAAAAUAUAUAAUAGGUGAGGAUGGCAGAUAGAUUUCGGGAUGUGGCACCUCGUGUGCCACGCGAGCAAACUCGCAAUGCCACUUACAUUUACACGAGCGCAAUGGUGUAGAGGGGAUUCUGCUAUUUUGGAAUUUCCCUCGCCACAAAGAGAGGAUGGCCAUCAAAUGCAUUCAUCAUCCACUUCAGAGCGCACUGGUGCUCAAUGAACCAACUGCGCCACUCACAGGAAGGGUUUCGCGUUUGAAUGUGGAUACUUUUACCAGAAGCAAUGUGAACUAUUUGAGCGUGGCUAUUUGUAUUUCUAGGCCCGUGAAGGCGCAGGCGUCCCUGUUUCCGUUUUCGAAGAAAAAAGACAGGGCAGUAGUGAAAGAGGAGCUGCUUCAAGCAAUUGCGCCCUUAGACAGAGGAGCUAACGCUACUCCUGAUGAUCAGUACCGAGUUGAAAAGAUUGCACAAGAUCUGGAAGCUACAAAUCCAACAAAACAGCCUCUUAUGUCUAAUCUUUUAAAUGGAAAAUGGGAGCUUUUAUACACCACCUCAGAAACAAUUUUAAAGAGGCAGAGGCCAAAGUUUUUAAGGCCCAAUGGGAAAAUAUAUCAAGCAAUUAAUAAUUAUACUCUAAGGGCACAAAAUCUGGAGACUUGGCCUUUCUAUAAUCAGGUAACAGCAAAUUUAACCCCUCUAAGUGGGAGUAGAGUAUCGGUAAAAUUUGACAAGUUCAAGAUUGCUGGUUUGAUAAGUAUUGAUGCACCUCCACAAGCCCAAGGAGAGCUGGAAAUUACAUAUUUGGAUGAUGAAUUGAGGGUUUCUCGUGGAGAUAAGGGCAAUUUAUUUAUCUUGAGGAUGGCUGAUCCCACCUAUAAAGUUCCCUUAUAGUUCUUGGCAACAACUUUCGAGUGUAGGAAAUUAGUUUUCAACAGAAAAGCACUAAUUGUUUUAUAAUCACUAAUAGUGAUUUAUAACCACUUGGCUGAUUUUGCAUGAGAAGCUAUUAUUCUAGGUGUAUAUAUUGUUGCCUAUAUACUCUUAACUUUCAAUGAUAUCUAAUUCCCUCCUUUUAAUUA